AUGGCGUCUCGCAGUUUUGCGGCAGAGGAUGAAUACAUCCUCCCAUAUACAUUUCCUGAUGAAGAGCACCGUUGCGAGGAUCCUGUUCAACGCGCAGAUCAGAAAAAGAAAGUCCGGGAUGUGUACGAGCAGGCAAGAAAGGUCAUGCAUCGGAAAGCCAUCGCCGAAAUUUUCGACUACCUAGUGAGGGGGGAAUGGAUUCACUCUGCUGAGCGUGCCAGCGCUCAUCCUGCCUACAGACGCUUCAUGGGGAAAAGUAGUUACAAUGGACGCGUGCCAACUCUUUACUACCCUGAGUUCCUCGCAAUCCAGGCAAUCUUUCCUCAAGACCGCGACGACCCGGAUAUUCACGAAGCAGUGCGGAACUUGUAUGAGACGGUGUCAAGACACUGGGGUAUGAAGGCUACCCCAGGUAUUCCUUUCUUCCCUCGUCUCCAAGACUCCGAUCGAGAACUUCGACUCCUGGUCGGCAAUCACCCCAUUAGAUCGAAGAUAGUGGGAAGAUCUGACCCUGGCCCAUCUCUCACUACGCCCCUUGCGUCCAGGCCUUCUCCCAGGCCCGAGGUACAGGAGUCAGGCUUCCAGAACACCCAGGACAAUAUAAAUGUCUCGCCCAGCGCCCCAAGCACCUCCAUCAAUAGUGCCAGGCCAGUCCCAAACACACCCAGCGGUAUAAGCCCCUACGUGGAAGACCUCAAUAACAAGUUCCUUGAGAAAGAACAACGUAUCACAGACCUCGAGCGCAAGCUGAAGAAGAAGGAACAGGAACUCAAAGAUAAAGACUUCCAGAUGAACAACCUCGGGUACAAACAGCGAUAUGAGCAGGCGCAGGAACAGAAGAUGGAGGCCCAACGUGCACUUCGUGAUACGCGGCAACGAUGCCGUGAGUUAGAGGUGCUUGUCAAUAAAUACGAAGAGAAGAGUAAGCAGCUCAAGCACCAACUCCUGAAGUCUCAAGAAAACAGCACCCGCUCGCUCACCGCCGCCUUACAGGCCCAAGGUCAUCUAGGCCUUGGCCAGCAGCAAUUGGAUAGGUCCUUGAGCCUCCUGAGCGAACCUAUCGAUGAGUUCAACACCAACCCAGAGGGUGCUGGUAUUGCUGCCCUCGAUCAACGAGUCAACAAAAGAGCUCGCGAAACCUGA